AUGUACGGCACGGCGUUCGGCAACGCCACAUCGGACCUCUUUCCCCGACGCGACCCACGAGUCAUCAGCUGGUUCUUCGCGGGAAACAAGUGGUUCCUGAUCACCCUCCUCUCCGGCUACGUGUACGUGGUCAAGGGCGCAGGACCGCGGUUCAUGAAGAACCGUCCACCGUACGACAACCUCAAACCGGUCAUCAUCCUCUACAACCUGGCCAUGGUGUUCCUCAACAUGUACUUCGUCAAGAACUUCCUGACGAGGUCCUAUGUCGGCGGUGGAUACAACUACGUAUGUCAGGGGAUCGACUUCGACGCGGACGACCAAGUGACCAAAGAGUUCCUCGUGCUCGUCUGGUGGUACUUCUGGGUGAGAGUGGCCGACUACCUGGACACCAUCUUCUUCGUGCUCCGCAAGAAGGACUCCCACGUGUCCUUCCUCCACGUCGUCCAUCACAUCAUAGUGGUCUUCAACGGCUGGUACGGUUUCACGUACGGUGCCGACGGCCAGGCCGCCAUGGGCAUCAUCCUCAACAGCUUCGUCCACGUCGUCAUGUACUCUUACUACUUCCUGUCCCUUCUGGGCCCGGCGGUCCGCCCGUACCUCUGGUGGAAGCGCUACCUCACCCAGUUGCAGCUCGUGCAGUUCGUCAUAAUGACCGUUCACAUUAUGAUCCCACUCUUCGUCGACUGCGGCUAUCCGAAGGCCCACUCGGCGAUUGCGGCCAGUGAAACGGUGUUCUUCAUCAUCAUGUUUCUGCGCUUUUACGUUAAGGCCUACAGUGGCAGGAAAAACUUUGGUCAACGACACGAAGCAAAGAACAAGGUUCAGUGA